UAUUUGACCAAAGCAAUUUUCCCAUCGACGUUACUUCCAUAAGGAUAUGGAGAUAAUUUGAUGCGCCGUCGUAACUUUGGAAUUGGAAUGACGCACGAACCUAUGCAUUGAAGUUUAUAUACCGUACGCAAUACCAUGAGUAGCAAUUUUUGCAUUUAAUUUAGAUAAGAUCGCGUAAAGAUUAGUAUUGCAUAUUCUUUAGCAAUAGGUUUUUGCCAAACUGAAAAAAAUAGGAUAAAACAAACAUUAAUUGCACAAUGCACUAAUUUAUUCUGACGCUCAAUAGAUUACGAAUUAGGAUGGAAAAAUACUUAUUGGCAUUGAGACAGUCAGUCAAUAGUUUAUUUUAUCACAUACCAAAAGUACACAGUAGACAAAAAUAAAUACGAAUCACAUAUAAGACAAUACUUUCAGUGUGAAGGGAGGCGCGAUAAACCAGAAGAGGUUAUCGAGCAGCGUCACCCUGGGGGAGUGAGUCUAAAAAUUAAAUCAUAGUGAGAAAAAAGUCAAAUAGGAUACUAGCAAAAGUCGUGAAUAAUAAAUAAAAUAAUAAAGUCGAAGACGGCCUUUUUACACAUUUAAGUGACCGAUAUCACGGUGUCACUCUAGUUAAUAUGAGAAAGCGACUCCAGACACCACUGGUCGAGGUAGCCAUGGUAACAGCAGUUGGUUAUUGAAUAACAAACAGAAAGAUAAAGUCGAGAUAGUUAUUCCAAUCGAAAAUUGCGGAAAUAGUGUUAUAUUUUGACGCCGUACCGAGUACGGCAUAGGAGGGUAGAGACCGCCGGAAAGUAUAAGUGAAUUCAGUAGCACUCAGAAUUUGAGUGAUUUUCAAAUAUAAGCUCGUAGGUCUCUACCGAAGCUGGAGGCAGAUGUAUACAUGAAAAUGGUGACAAAAAUGGGCAAAAAAACAAUAAAAGGCAGGCUGUGGAUCGAGUUGAAUAUGACCUUGAUGGACACAAAGCAAGGAUAAAAUAUGAAACAGCGACUUGGAAAAUUCAGGCAUGAAAAAUACAAAGAUACGGUUACUGCGUUUUCAAUCGGAGUCGGGAAUGGAAUAUCUUCAAACGAAUUACGAACGAUCGCAAACGGUGGCACGGGAGACGACAGGGUUUUUACUUUUAGUGGUUUCAAUGAAUUGCAAAAGCAUUCUUCAGAUUUGAUAACUGUUCUCAUUAUUUCGGCAGAUCUGAUAUGGAGUUCAUGGUCAUCUUGCUCAACAUCUUGUUCACCUGGUAUUCAGAUGCGAACAAUUACUUUCCGCAAUACAACGAGAACACUAAAUGGAAGCGCCAUUGUUAAUCAGACAAAAGCAUGCAACGAAGAUUUGUGCUCGCUCUACUAUGACAAUGACUUGCGAUGUGCAGGCUCUGGUAUCAUUCCCAACCAGUGCUCUGUGGAUGUAUUCAGAAAAUGUCUGCUGAAGAAUGUUAAUUGGGACGAAAUAGGACAAGAUGAAAAAAUAUUUGAAUCACCAGUUAAAGGACUGAGAAUGAAACUCAAACAAAUCAAAUCACCAGGAAUGAACAUAAAAUUAGUGAAUAUAGAAAGAUAUGACGCCAUGAAGCCUUAGGAAGACCAUGACAUGAAUAUAAAGUUGUAUUAAAACUGCUCAUUCGAUAAAUAUUCAUAACCAUGUUAAUAUUUUCCACUGAUUAUGUUUCAGCAGUCUGAAAACGUUUGUACUUUUGCAUUUCUGUUACGACUCUAAAAAGUUUACAAGUUUUUCAUUUGUCUUAUGAUAUUUCGUUUUCCCAUAAGUAAACUAUUUUGCAAGAAAUUAUAUGAAUAAUAUAUAUAUAUACAUCUGUUCAUUUAUUUCAACAUGUUAUCCAUUAAACAAUGACAGUGUAUCCACUGAUA